GUUCACCCCAUUGAAGCAGUUAAAGCAGUCACAUGUACUUGUUUCAUUAAUCAUGGCUUUAUCUAAGGGACCACUGCCACUAUCAAGAGCUGAAACAAUACAGGAAGCAACUCCUGUGCUAAAAGAAAGCAAUUGUAUAGCAGCUAUUGACUUUGGAACAUCAUCACUAUCAGUAGCAUACACCAUUCCGUUGAGUCGAACAACAAGAGGAGAUAUAAAAGUUCUGCCACUUCACAGUACACUGGAAAGAAUCCCUAAUGCUAUACUGAUCAUGAAGGAUAAAUUGGGGCAAAAGUAUUCAACAAUUGCAAUUGGGCCAAAAGCACAAAGUCUAUACAGCAGUGUAAGGAACAAUUUUGAGAACUUCGCAUACUUUGAAAGAAUAAAAAACUUAUUAGAAAGAGACAAAUCGUUAAACCGUACUACUCAAGUACAUUCAUUCACUGGAGGAUCUUAUUAUCUUAUUGAAGUUAUAGCUUUUAUACUAACAAACCUCAAGGAGACAUUAGUGACUCAUUUCAAAGGACAAUAUAAGUCAACUAAUUUUGAUUGGGUCAUUACUGUUCCUGCUGUAUGGAAAGCAAGAGCAAGAAGAAUGAUGAGAGAAGCUGCUUAUAUGGCUGGUCUGACUUCUAAUGGUCCUGGUAUAAUAAGGUUCACUCCAGUUGGCUCUCCUUUACUACGUCCACAGGAGGUUAAUCCUGAGAAGCUAUCAUUAGCUUUAGAACCAGAAGUAGCUGCUAUAUAUGCACAGCAUUGUUCACAAAUAUCAAGAACACCACAGCAGAGAUUGAGAGAUAUAUGGUAG